AUGAGUCGCACCGCAAGUGCUGGUUUUGAUCGUGAUAUAACAAUUUUUUCACCUGAAGGUCGCCUGUAUCAAGUUGAAUAUGCAUUUAAAGCGAUUAACCAAGGUGGUUUGACAUCUGUUGCUGUUCGUGGUACUGAUUGUGUUAUUGCAAUUGCACAGAAAAAAAUUCCUGAUAAAUUACUUGAUCCAUCAACAGUUACACAUUUACAUGCUAUUACACCGACAAUCGGUUGUGUAAUGACAGGAAUGCUUGCUGAUUCAAGGUGGCAAGUACAACGCGCACGCUAUGAAGCAGCAAGUUGGAAAUAUAAAUAUGGUUAUGAUACGCCAGUUGAUGCUUUGUGUCGUCGUAUUGCCGACAUUAGUCAAGUUUAUACUCAAGAAGCAGAAAUGAGACCACUUGGUUGUAGUAUGAUUUUGUUUGGUAUUGACGAUGAAAAAGGUCCAUUAUUGUAUAAAACCGAUCCAGCUGGUUAUUUUUGUGGUUUCAAAGCAACAAGUGCCGGUGUAAAACAAACAGAAGCGAAUAACUUUUUAGAAAAACGUAUUAAAAAGAAAAGUGAUCUGCCAUAUGAGGAUGCUAUUGAAUUGGCCAUCUCAACGUUAGCUAGUGUUUUGUCAACAGAUUUGAAACCAAGUGAAAUUGAAAUCGCAGUUGUUACAAAUGAAAAUAUUAAGUUUAGAGUAUUACCGGAAAAUGAAGUUGAACAACAUUUAACAAGAAUUGCCGAAAAAGAAUAA